AAAACCAAAGUAGCUGAGGAAAGAAAGAUCCAAAGCAGAAUUCCGAUUCCAAUCACAAACACCAGAUUCAAAAAAAAUGGCAGAAGAUUUGGUAUUGGACACAGCAAUUAGAGACUGGGUAUUAAUCCCGCUCUCAGUUGUUAUGGUCCUAAUUGGAAUCCUCCGUUACUUUGUCUCAAAGCUUAUGCGUUCUUCUACUCAACCUGAUCCUAAAAUCAUCAAAGAAGGGCAAGUGAUAAUUAGGGCAAGGAAUUUGAGAGCCGGGGCUAAUUAUAUUCCAGCUAAAUCGUUUCGCGCGAGGAAAGUUUAUUACAGCAAUGAGGAAAACGGGUUACUACAUGUUCCCAAGGGCCAAGCUCAGAAUCCACAGGCACAAAUGUUCUCAGACCCAAACAUGGCUAUGGAUAUGAUGAAGAAGAACUUGUCGAUGAUAAUUCCUCAGACUCUUACAUUUGCCUGGGUCAACUUCUUCUUCUCUGGGUUUGUAGCUGCGAAGAUACCUUUUCCGUUAACUCAGAGGUUCAGGACCAUGUUGCAAAAUGGCAUUGAUCUAAGCACAGUUGAUGUCAGUUAUGUCAGCAGUCGCUCAUGGUAUUUCCUCAAUCUGUUUGGAUUAAGGGGAUUGUUCAGUCUCAUUCUUGGAGAAGAAAAUGCAACCGAUGAUACUCAACGCAUGAUGCAGAUGAGCGGAUUUGGUUUUGACCCCAGCAAGAGUUUGGGAGCAGAAAAGGACGGAUUAGAUAUUAUUCAGCAUGACUGGGCGCUACCCAAAUUUGAACAACGAGCUGAAGCAGUCUUGAGGAAACUUGUGAAAUGAGGAUCUUCUUUUAUAUUAUUUCGUAUUUGGAUAUGCAGCACUUUGCUUGCUGAUCGAGCUUCUUGUCGAUGCAUGUCAUCAUUCGCUAAGGUGGGCUACGUUGUUCAAAAGCCAAGAUGUUUGUCUUAGUAAUUUUUAUCUUCAGGUUGUUCUCUUCACCAAAGUAGAGAUUUUGCUGCCACUUUGCACGUUAUAGUUUUGAAAAUUUUGCAAACAACACAUAAAUUCUUAACUUGUAAGCUGUGAUGAAUUAACCAUUUUGAUUUGACUUGGGAUUUUUACUACUAGAGACAUUGCAUUA